AUGAUCACCCUCCUCCCAUCUAAAUGGCAAAACUGGAUCCUCCCUCCAUCCACCAUCCCCAUGGUCAAGAACUCGCCGCAAAAAGUCCAGCUCGGCCGCAUAGCCCACGUCUACUUCGAGCACGCCGACCUUGAAGCCUUUACUAGGUUCGCCAAGGACUUUGGCUUCGUCGAGGCUGCGCGCAAGGGCAACACAAUCUACUACCGCGGGUACGGAAGGGACCCCUACGUCUACGUCGCGUCACAGAGCCCAGUGCGGAGAUCCACCUUUCUAGGCGCUGCGUACGUCGCCAAGGAUGAGGAGAAUUUUAAGAAAGCCGCCGCGAUGCCGGGCAGUGCGCAGGAAGCUGGACGAGGCGCCCGGGGCCGGCGAGAUGGUGACUUUUGCGAGGCCGAAUGGGACAUUCCUCUACAUUAUGGUCCGUUCAAUACGCCGUUUGAUAAACCACGCAAGGGACAGUUCCAGCGAUACCGCGAUGGGCCGGCCCUGGUGCACAAGCUCGGGCAUUACGGCUACGUGUGCAAGGAGUUCGAGACAGAGCUCGAGUUUUACACUAGCAAUUUCAACUUUGUGCACUCGGAUAUCCUCAAUCUCCCGCAAUUCCCCCAAAUGGACGUUAUGACCUUUAUGCACCUUGACCUUGGCGAAGAGUACACAGACCACCAUACGUUCUUCCUGCAGCGGGCGUCGCCAACUAUGAGCAAGACGUACGUGCAUCAUACCUCGUUUGAGGUGGCCGAUUUCGAUACUCAGCUCCUGGGGCACCAUUAUCUGGCGAAUAAAGGGUGGAAGAGCGUUUGGGGUGUCGGAAGGCAUGUCCUGGGGAGCCAGAUUUUCGAUUACUGGUAUGACAGCUCCAAAUUUAAGAUCGAGCAUUACGCUGAUGGGGAUGUUGUGAACUGCAACAACCCGACGCGCAGAGAGCCAGUUGGGCCGUUGUCUGUUUGGGGGCCUGAGUUGCCCAGUGACUUUGGGGACAAUAAGGCCAGGUAG